CUUCUCUCGUAUAAGUUUUUUUGCGACUUCCUGACAUACAGCAAUACUCUUCCAGCAGCUGUGAUAAAUUUGCGCCUCAUCUUGGUAAGUGGGAAAACAAAAGAGUUCCUAUUUUCCCCGAAUGACUCUGCUGCAGAUAUCGCGAAACAUGUGUAUGACAACUGGCCGAUGGACUGGGAAGAAGAACAAGUCAGCAGUCCAAAUAUCUUGCGGCUUAUUUAUCAAGGGAGGUUUCUUCAUGGCAAUGUGACAUUAGGAGCAUUAAAACUUCCUUUUGGCAAAACAACAGUGAUGCAUUUGGUGGCGAGAGAGACAUUGCCAGAGCCAAACUCUCAAGGUCAAAGGAACCGUGAAAAAACUGGAGAAAGCAAUUGCUGUGUAAUCCUGUAAACCCUGUUAGCUUUACCUGCUAAGUGUGAUGUAAUAUAGUCUUUGUCUUUCAUGCUGCUGGAAUAGAAGAGGCCCUACCUUGCUUCAAACACCUGUAGGAAGAGCCUGUCUGUAAAUCCAUGGAACUGAAAUAUUACACGAACACUGUCUCAUUAGUCUUUUUUUUUUAAAAAAAAGAGAAAGAUCAAUGAACACUUUCAUUGUUUAUUUUUUUCAAUUCCUCCUUUUUGUUUGUUGAAUAAUCUUACAGUGCAUCAGUUCUUGAAAGAAUUCAAUCUCCAGAAAGGUUUGUGUUCUUUUCCAUAGCAGGAGUCAUUUGCUACCACAGAAAUCUCCAUUAACCAGGUCUAACCAGUCAAGCUUUCUAGAUGCAAUUUGCACUAAAUACGGUUGACAGUAUAUUUCUCAUCAACAACCUCUAACAAUAUUUGAGACACCUAGUAAGAACCCACGAUGUAUCAUGCAACACUGGAAAAUAGUAUAUUAAUAACUAAAACAAAUCUCACUUAUGGCCAAAUCAAAGGAAAAACUGUUAAGUCAAUUCUACCUAAGUCAACCUUGGUGGCCAAACUGGCACAGAAUACUAACUAAACCAAGUCUAACUAUAUAUAUUUUCACUGCAAGAAACAAAAAAAAAAACUAUGUGCCUGUAAUUUAAAAGCACUCUGUAGAGGGCUGAUGAAACUGAUUUCUUGGUUACUGCGUGUGCUCUGAUCUCGUACGUUAGCCGAGUGCUUAUUCAGACAGCACAAACAAGUGCAGAGAGUGCGUUUCCUAGCCUUAAUAUGGGAGGGGUAGUUUCCUGUAGUUCAUAGGCUUUUAUUAUUGUGCAUAAAUGUUAGAAAAUAUCAUUUACUAAUCAAUUUUAUGUAUUUGAAUAUUGGCAAUUGGUGUUUUUUCGGUCAUUUUUCUCAUCUGUACCUUAGACUCCAGUGUCAUGCUUCCUCAUUAGAGACUUCAAAAGACUUACUAAAGUUUAAAAAGAAAAAAGAAGAACUUCUGCCAUAGUUACUAGUUUUGUUUCUUUACGUAACCUGCAUUCGGUAUUAGUGCUUGCAAUGGUAUCAAAAUCAGGAGCUGAUUUUCGAAGGCAGACGUAAUUGAAAGGAUGCCAUUCUUUUAUUUCAUAUCAAUAAUUUAAAUGUUGAUAUGCUAAAAAACUUUGCACAGCACUAAAGCAUGAGCUAGUUUCAUCUAAACCUGUAAAAAAAUUAAAAAAU